GUUGAUGCUUCUUCCAUUUCCGUAUUGGUUAUAGUUCCUGGGGUUAAAGAAAUGGCGAAGCACAUGUGAGUUGCAUGACUGCAGAAUUAUAAGAUCGGCAAAGAACGUGUUUACUUAUCGACAGGAAGAAAUGACAUCAGCAGAUGAAGAUUUUCCACGUGGUGGAACAUUUACGAACACUACUAAACUCAAAGGAACUAAACGACCUUUUGAACAAGACAAUCUAUUUGAGCCCUAUGAUUCUAAUGAGAAAAAGAAGAAAAAGGACAACAGUUAUGAAAAUAAAAAGAUUGCACAAAAAGACAAAGAAGUUGGUGCAUCUAAACUUAAUGAUUCAAAAACUGUGGAUAUUCUUUAUUUCAAGAAUCUUGUUGAAGGAAUGUUAAUAAUGGGUUGCAUUAAAGAAGUAGGUGACUUUGAGCUGAUGGUGAGCUUGCCAUGUGGACUUAAUGGCUUUGUUUCCGUGACUAACAUCUCUGACUCCUACACCAAAUUCCUUUCUGAUCAUGUGAACACAGAAGAAGUCAUGGAGGAGGUGUUAACACUUUCCCACCUGUUUAGUCCUGGGAUGAUUUUAAGGUGUACGAUAUCCAGUCUUGGAAAGACAGCAGAUGGCCACAACAGUAUUAAACUUUCCAUUAACCCAAAGGAUGUCAAUAAAGGUCUCAGUUCUGACUGCCUCACACCAGGCAUGGUUCUUUCUGGUUCUGUGGCUAGUAUUGAAGACCACGGUUUCCUGAUUGAUAUUGGGAUUCCUGGAUCAAAGGCUUUUUUACCCAAGCAAAAAGCUUUUGACUAUCUUAAAGAAAUUGGCAAAGGUAAUUUAAAAGUGGGCCAGUAUCUGAACUGUAUAAUAGAAGAAGUAAAGAAUGAAGGCCGCAUUCUUCGUUUAUCAGUCAGUCAAUCUGCAAUCUCCAAGGCAGUAGCUCUGGAAAAGCAUGGCUGGACACUAAGUAGUUUGCUUCCUGGGCUGGUUGUUAACGCUGAAAUUGAUAAGGUGUCCCAAAAUGGACUCACAGUGAAAUUCUUUUCUUCUUUUACUGGUACUGUUGACUUUUUGCACUUGGACUCUGAGACAGCUGGUUAUAACAAAGGGCAGCAGGUGAAAGCUUGCAUUCUGUAUAUUCAGCCUACAUCUCGUGCAAUAGGGAUGAGUCUGCGUCCUUACGUCCUUAAGCCUGGCACAACAAUCGAACCUGUAACAAGUGAACGUAUUGGAGAGGUGUUUAAGGACUGCACUAUUAAGAAAUUAUAUCGUAAUAAUGGUGCCUCUUUAGUGCUUCCAGACAAAACUGUAGUCUUUGCACACCGACAUCAUCUCAUGGAGUUUGGUGGGCCGUUAAAACCCAAUAAAGUAAUGCCAGGAACCAAACAUGCUUGCAGAAUUUUAGAUUAUGCUCCUAUGGAUCAGAUGCUCUUAGUAAGUCUGAAGCGGAAAAUAGUUACUGCAUCAUUCCUGAGAUACAAAGAUAUUAAGCCAGGAGAAAUUAUUGAGGGAAAAGUCUCUUCAUUGCAAGAUUAUGGGAUGUGGGUAAGCAUAACCCCAUAUAUCCGAGGACUUGUCCCUCGAACACAUCUGGCUGACAUUAUUUUAAAGAAUCCAAGCAAGAAAUAUAGUCCAGGAGAUGAGGUUCGCUGCCGGGUUCUUGAUGUGAAUCCUGUCAUCAAAAGAAUGAUUCUAACACUGAAGAAAACAUUAGUGAAAUCCACAUUUCCCAUUAUCGAUCACUAUGAGAAUGCAGAGCCUGGCAUGAUCACCCAUGGGGUUAUAGUGUGCAUCAAAAACUUUGGCUGUAUUGUGUGCCUUUACAAUAAUGUUAAAGGACUUGUUCCAAGAAAUGAGUUGAGUACAGAGGUGGUUCCUAACCCAGAGGAGAUGUUCUAUACGGGACAGGUUGUCAAAGUAAAAGUUUUAAAAUGUAAUCCAGAGGAAAAGAAGCUGCUUUUAUCUUUCAAAGCUGCUAGCAGUGGUGUUUCCACAAAUAAAAUGGAUGUGAAGAAGCAGACACAAACAGAAGAGUUUGAUUGCAAUGUUGGAAAGAUCGUUGAAGUGGAAGUUCUGAACAAGAGUGAAAAUGGUCUGAAUGUAACAAUUCUACCUCAGAAAAUACCAGCUUUUCUACCUUUGGCUCAUCUUUCUGACCAUGUUACCAAUUGUAACAUCCUUUGGGAAGUGCUGCAAGUGGGGGAUAUUAUCUCCAAUGUUAUGUGCCUCAACAAAAGCAGUCAACAAAUUAUUUUGAGCAAAAAAACAUUAAUCAAGAACUCGGUGGAGGAGAAUGAUUUGCCAAAAGAUAUUUCUGACCUCCAUUUAGGAAUGUUACUCAUUGGAUUCGUCAGGAAUAUAAAACCAUAUGGAGUAUUUGUAGAGUUUCCUUUUGGACUCAUAGGACUUGCUCCUAAAUCAGCUUUGUCAGACAAAUUCGUAACGGACACCAGUGAUUUCUUUCAAACAGGCCAAACAGUUGUGGCAAAAGUUACCGAAAUAGAUGUAGAAAAAAGGCGUUUCUUAGUAAACCUACAGAUAUCACAGUGUACUGGAGAGGACGACCAGAAUGAGAGUUUGAAGUUGCUUUUUCAGUGCUUAAAAGAGAGAAGUAGUGUGGUAGAUAUUCUGAACAAAAGAGGUGAUCCAACAUUAGACAGUGUUCUCCUACUUUCUGUGGGCAAAAAAAUAGAAAUGGUUUUUGAAGAAGAGAGCAGUGAUGGCACAGCAUACUUUAAAUGUAGCAAAGUUCCUGGGGCAACAGUCAAAGCCGUGAAGUAUCACAUGCAAGGUGUAAAUGUUGUUCCAGGGCAGAAGGUUAAACCUGUGGUGCUGCAUGUUGAUCUUUUGACUUCAGAAGUUCAUGUUUCUCUUAGAAAUGAGUUGUUGAACUGUCCUGUCAAAGAGUUGAUGUUGAACUCCAAACAUUUGGCAACAGUGCAGCAUGUGGAGAAGGACUUUGCCAUUGUUUCCUUGGAAGAAAAUGGACAACUAGCUGCGAUGCCAGUGACAGCUCAUUUGAAUGACUGUUUUAGAUUUCAAUCUGAGUCUUUGACUUUGGGCCAGACAUUGAAUGUGUCUGUGAAGCAAUUAAGCAAAAAGUCCACUGGCGGGCUGAUACUAGUUUUGAGAGAACCUGAUAAGUUCAAGAACACUACAAGAGUCCGUAAAACAUCCAUCACGAAGGAGGUUUUGCCAACUGGUCCCAAACAUUCUUUGAAUUUAGGAGAUGUAGUUGUUGGCACAGUGAAGUCCAUCAAACCUACUUCUGUUUUAGUAACAUUAGAAAAUGGCAUCACAGGCAGAAUACAUGCAUCAGAGAUAUCAGAAAGUGUAACUCCUGGUUCUUUUCCAUCUUCUUUGCUUAAAGUAGGGCAGAAAGUCACUGCACGAGUAAUUGGGGGACGAGAUUGUGUAACUAAUAGGCAUUUACCAAUCACACACCCGCAUUUUACUUUCACAAUGCCAGAAUUGACUGUUCUACCCAGCAAGAUUAACAGUGAACUGAAACCUGAAGAUAUUCCUGUCAUUGAUGAUGUUAAAACCUUUGAGGUCGGCACUGAAGUUGUUUGUUUUGUGAUAAAGUACAACAGCUAUUCCAGAUGCCUUCAUGUUGAAAUUACUGGAAAAGUUUGGGGAACUGCUGAGUUGUUAUUGAUGUCCUUGUCACCCAAGGAUUUAAAGCACCCUGAGAAGCUUUUCAAGCUUGGCCAGGCAAUAAAAGCUACAGUGGUCACUAGUAUCUCGGGAGAUCGGCGUCUUUCUGUGUCAGUUAAUGGAGUGAAAAGCCUUGCUGAAGGUACUGUGACAUUAGCAACUGUGAGUACAAUCAAUCCAAAUGUUGGCCUCAUCCUUUCACUUCCAUUUGGCAAGACUGGUUAUGUGGGGCUUACAGACAUAAGUGAUUCCUAUAUGUCUGAUCCUUUGAAGCAGUUUUCUCUAGGCCAAAUAGUCCGAUGUUGUGUUUUAGGUGAAGAAAAUAAGAAAAUACGUUUAUCCAUGAGACUAUCUAAGGUAUUUCCUGGAAACCAGUCGAAAAUUAGAGAUGCAGAAAUUUUGUCUGUGGCAAAUCUAAACGAAGGUCAGAUUGUUCGUGGCUUUAUAAAAUCCAUUUCAGAUAAAGGAAUCUUUGUCAGUCUUUCUAGAACUGUCACAGGCAGAGUUAAAUUCAAGUAUUCUACGUGCUACUUUCUGAAGGAUCAUACAGAUUAUGCAAAGAACAUUCCCCUUGGUAUGCUGGUUUCUGCAAUGGUUUUAGAAGUAGAUGUGAAGGAAAAUAAGGUUGAAUUGUCCAUUCUGCAAAAGGACACUGGAGAACCAGAUAUAUUCCCUCCAUCUCUAGGGUUUCCUCUUCGAGAGCCGGUAAAGGAUAAAGAGAAAGGCGAAGCUUUCAAGAAACGAAAGCGAAAACUAGAGAAACAAAUUUCAGACACCAAACAGACUGAGCAGAAAAAGAAAGGGCAGCAGCAGCUCUCUGAAGAAAAUGACAGUGGGGUUGAGGUUUUCUUCCGUGAACCUAUUGACGACGACGACGAUGAUGAAAGGAAGGAGAAUUUGAGCCAUAUGUCUAAGACAUUAAAAGAAAAUGGGCAACCCCGACUCCAGGUUUCAGGUGGUUUCUCCUGGGAUGUGACUUUAGACACCCUCCAGACAUUUAAGAUGGUCCAAACGGAGCAUUCUUCUGAAGGUGAAGAGGAGACCGAUCAUAAGCCUCAAAAGAAAACCAAACGGCAAAUGAACCAAGACAAGCAGUUACAAGAAAUGGAGUUAGCAAAGGUGGAAAGAGAAUUAAUGGAUCCCAAUCGGCAACCUAAAUGUGCCAAUGACUUUGAUCGGCUAGUGCUUAGCUCACCAGACAGCUCUAUUGUGUGGUUACAGUACAUGGCAUUUCAUCUGCAUGCUACAGAAAUUGAGCAAGCCCGUGCUGUCGCUGAAAGAGCCCUCAAAACUAUCUCUUUCAGAGAAGAACAAGAGAAGAUGAAUGUGUGGGUGGCUCUGCUAAACCUAGAGAAUCUGUAUGGGACUGAGGAGAGCCUGAAUAAGGUGUUUGAACGAGCCGUGCAGUACUGUGAACCUCUUAAGGUGUUUCAACAGCUUGCAGACAUCUACAUCAAAUCGGAGAAAUAUGAGAAAGCUGAGAUGCUAUACAACACCAUGCUGAAGCGGUUUCGACAGGAAAAGUCAGUCUGGCUGAAUUAUGCCAUGUUCCAUUUCAAACAGGGACAGACUAAUGCUGCCCAGCGACUUCUCCAGAGAGCAUUAAAAUGUCUGCUUAACAAGGAUCAUAUUGAUACAAUUGUGAAGUUUGCACAACUGGAGUUUCGAUACGGCGAUGCAGAGCGUGCCAGAUCUAUGUUUGAGAGCACCCUGAGUAAUUAUCCUAAGCGAUCAGAUUUGUGGUCCGUCUAUAUUGACAUGAUGAUUAAGCAUGGAAGCCAGGAAGAAGUCCGUGCCAUUUGUGAGCGUGUGAUCCACAUGAGUCUCCCCGCUAAGAAAAUUAAGUUUUUCUUCAAACGCUACCUGGAGUAUGAAAAGAAGCACGGCACAGCAGAGAGUGUCGAGGCCGUGAAGCAGAAGGCAAUGGAUUACGUCGAAGGAAAGAGUACUGUGCCGUAAAUAACCGCGUCAUGAAUGCAAAGUCAAAGGUGGCCGUGGACCUGAUGGCGCAGCGAUCUGAAGGCCGUUUCAGAGUUCAGUCGUCUGCUGCUUCAUUAUGAAAAACUAUAGAACUGCUUGACCCAGAAUGCUUCAGGAUGGAUUUUCCAAGUGACAUUUUCUGUAAAGGAAUUGCCAUCUCCUUGAAAUUGUAGAAUUCGAUUUGACUUUUUAUCUACAGAGAUUUUUGCAGCAGGCUUUCCCCAGUAGGACAGCCUUGAAUUUUUGUAAAUGUGACGUCCUUUGUAUAAAAUUUAUAAACCCAUGAAACAAAAAAA